AGCCCGCAGACCCGUGGGCUCUUCUACCCUUCCCAGGCACAGCGCAGUAAUAAGCAAUUUGGUUCCCAGGAAUCCAAGCUGCCUGUUCCCUAUCUUAACUGAAAAGGGAGGGCGGCACAAGGGGCCUGAAAUGUGGCUGAGUCAGGCUUUGCCCAGCAGCCAAUCAAAAAGGUGCGGAUACAGCACAGUACCAGCCUUAGUCCCUGGUCACAUAGCCUCACACCCCACGGCCAACUGUAAACACUAUUUUUAACCUCUGUGAAAACAUGUUGCUUCAGAGGAAGACAAGCCUCCAGCUGCAUUCUCCACAAACCUGUUUCCUGGGUGGAAAGACUGAGGCCUGAAGGGAACACAGCCCUGGAAGACAGAGGGGGUAGGCCUAGACUCAGAGCUGGAGGAGGAAGGAGCGUUCGACUGCCCAAGGAAGAACUUCCAGAAGUAGACCCAUGCCAAUGACCUGUCCUCUAGCUGUAGAGGAGCAGUGCUGAGACUCGGAAGCCCCGGAUCUAAGGGGCUGGUCCAAGUAGAUUUGAUUCCUUCCUACCCCUCUGUUUCCCCAUCAAAGAAAAGAGGGAGAAUUGCUGAUCAAGCCUAAAAGCUUACAUUUUCUACAUGUCUAUCCAUAUCCAGAGCUUUGUCUAGCUUGCCCUUGCUGUGUCUACAAUACAGUAUAUACAAUACUGAGCACGCCCACUGUGUGCUCAGUCUCACACCUGCCAUGUCCCGACUGUGAGGCUGGCCCUAUUCCUACUAUGUCCCGAUCAUUCCCCAUCUUGUAAGUGGCACUUGGUUAACAGUGUGGCUACUGCAGCCUAGGCCUGUGCCUAGUGCCGUGCUCUCAUUACGGCCGGGAUGAAACUGACACAAUGUGACAGGAGCUAGAACAUUCUGACUUGAAGAUUCUGAGUAGAGGCCCCACCUCCACCACCCCCAUACCCACUCCUGCAAGAUACUGGUCCUGGGCCUUAGGGACAUGUGGCUCUGGGGAGGGGGCUCUCUGAGGCACAAGCAGAGGAAAACCAUCUGGAGUAGCAGAGACUGCCAAGGAGCUGCUGUCCCUGGAGCGGGAGCAGAAGCAGGGAACAGGGGAGGGGAGCCUGGGGCUGAGCCUGGGCCCCUCACCCUCUUCUGUCGCUUAGACAAAAUAGUAAAGAGGCUUUGCGCUUGCAAAGGGCCCUCGGGCUUCCCUGACUGCUUUUCUCCCUUGACCUUACCUUGGUCCUCUCUGGGACACUGCCCUCACUCAGGGGCUGGCCUGGAUAGAGUGGUCACUGAUGGUUAAGUAGGGACAAAGCUGAACUAUAGCAGUCUAAUGUCAUUGAGAUCCCUAAGUUCCUCCACCUCCUAAAGUCUCCAGAGAAGCACCCCCCUCAGUGGGUGGGGCCCCUGUUAUCCCAUACUUUGUCACUCUCCAGGUCACUGGGGGCAGUGAUUGUGUGGGGUCACCAUGGCAACGAAGUGGGGGCAGGGCACCCAGGGCAUGGAGCAAGACUAUGGAAGCCACCAAGAAGGUGGGGGGCCCUGAUCCAUCGGGCCCCCAGGGCCAUCCCCUGCUUGGCAGCCAGCAGCUAAGGGGUGGCUUCAGAGGGUCCCAGGGACCAUGGAUGAGCUCAAGAUUCCUAUACUCGAAGCAGGGGUUGUCAUUGUCCACUGGGGCCAUCGCUGAUGUGACCUGCAGCUCAACCUCCCAGGCUACCCCCUCUCAGCCUAUUCACCAACCACUCCAGGAUUCUGCUCAGGUCAGCUCCCAGUGUAAUUAUGCACAGGCCUCCCAAGACACCCCGAGAUUCUCCUGUUCUAAACUAUUUCCAAACCCCACCGUGGGAACCCAAGAGCAUCUCCUCAUGGACGAUGGGACUCAGACUCUACCACUGUGCAUGAACAAUGACAGCACCAAUGACAAAGCCCAGUAUGGAUUCAACCUCUCCCAGAGUCACUUACAGAUUGGGAGGGAGAGCAAGGCUCCAGCUAAAGUUCUGAUAGGCUGGGGCAAAGGAACCUGUAACAUUGGCCAGACGGCCCCUGUGGGUCCCAGGAAGAGCCGAUGGCUCCCCUACCUCCUCUUAGGAGAGAGUGAUGCAGUUGAAGGUCAAGAUCCUCUUCAGACUCUGGUUCAGGCUCCAGUCCAAGAUCAGGGGCAGGACAAGGGUCCAGAUCUGGCUCAGGCUCCUAGCCUAAAUAAGACAACUUCAUCAUUAUUACCUCUUCUCACCUCAAUUCAAGCUUCUACUCCAGCUGUCAAUAGAACACCAAUGCCUGCUGCAGUUGAACCCUACACCUCUAACCCCCACCACCUGACUAAUACCACCGUGGCCACGCAAGACCUGCCUCUUGAUCUCAAGAAUGAUGGCAACCAAUUGCUCACCCUCUUAGAUUCUUUCAAAAAGGACAAAGGGUGUUUUCCCCUUCAGGAGACUCCUCCCACUCCAACACCUACUCCAAUAGACUUUCCAGCCCACAUCCAGGAGCAAGAUGUUAACAAGAUGCAGGUGCCACCCAAGCAAUCUGAGGAUCCUGUAAAGAAGUCUCUGGUCCACGCCUCCAGGCUAGAUACCUCAACACCAGCCUUAGGGCCUCUAGCUGCUCUCAAGACACAGAGAAGUAGCCCCAAGAUUUGCAGCUCUCAGCCAGACAAGCAGCUCCCCAAUGCCUGUAACAACAACAACUGUUCCAAUGUGCCACUGCCUGCCAAUCACAGAAUCUGCAACAAGCAGUCCCCGCCCCAGACUCCCAGAGAAGCCAUGCAGAUUCCCAUUUCUAGUGCUCCGACCUGCCAGCUCCAGGAUGCUGUAGAAGACCAUGUGCUGGUAUUUGAUAUAGCCACAGGCAGCACCAGGAUGGGGCUGCUAUGCCACGAUCCCACAGGCUCACGGGCAGUGCUUGUAGGCCUCACGCCCAACCAUCCAUCGAUUCACACCUCUGAAAAUAUGCUGUCCUCUCGGCUGUUGUCCAGGCCGAUCCUCUCCCCUAACAGUGACCACCCCAGCCUGUGGUCCACCACAGCCAUGUUGUCUAGCCCUGUGCCCUCCAGUCUCUCAGCUUCAAGCUACCCAGAGGUAACCCUGGUUUCCAAAGAGGCCAGACACAACCUGCAGCCCCGGAAUUCCCCUGGCACUGAGACCCCUAUCAGGAUCGGGAUGCUUGCUAGACCUGUUGUACCGGGGACACCCCUCCAAUAUGGUGAAAAGACACCGGUCCAAGGCCCUGAUUCUAGUUGGUCCAAAUCUGAGGCUGAAACGAUUAACCCUAGCCACACCAUCUGGAUGCUGGACUCUCCCAGAAUGCAAGACAGUUCCACGGUCCAGACUAGGAAAUCACAGUGGAUAAAGCCAGAUACUGCUUCAACAGCCGAUACCCAGAGACUAUCCAGAUCUCCACUCCAGGAGGAAGUAGGCAGCAAUAACCAGAAAGAGGUCAAUUCUGCUCAGCCUAGUGGCCCUCAGGCUGAAGAUACUAAGCAGGCCUUCCUCACUGGUCAGAGUUUCCUCAAUGGGCCGAACCUCCUUGCUAGACAGCUACCUGUAGCUGAGCAGGGCUCCCUAUCUGGUCAGCCCCUCCUUACUAGUACACCUCAUCUCAGUGAGCAGACUCCUCUUUCCAAACAACUUUCUCUCCCCAGACAGGUACCUCUCACAGUGAAGUCCCCCACCACCAAUGAGCCCACCUUCACCUCUGGGGAGUGUGGCCAGCUCUCCACCCAGGGGAGUGAGUCCUUGGGCAAUCCGACACACGUGGGAAUUCUCCGAGUCCCCCUGGCACCUGAGGAGGCCUGCAUGCAUGUGAACAGAGAUAAAGUUGGAAACAGCAGUGCUCAGAGAUCCAGCAUACAUCCGCUCCCAUCCUGGCAACCUAGCGACUCCCACAGGGCCCACCAGGAGCAACUGAUCACAUUCACUGGUUGUAAAGACUUGCCCAUAUCCAUGGUGGGCCCUCAGUCCCAGAGUGGACAUCAGUUCAAGUUGGCAGCUGAGGCUGUUACACGCUCGUCGGCGGUGGCACACCUGGGCCUUCUCCAUGGGAACUGCUACGGGUUAGUACCCACUGUGGACGCCCGGCCGGUCCAGUCACCAGUGUUUUGUCACCACUCAUCGAGUCCCUACCAGAACAUGGCAGCCAUAGUGAUUGACACAGGCACAGGGUUUACCAAAUGUGGACUGGCUGGAGAGGACCAUGUCCUCAGUGUGGUACCCUCGCAAGUCCAGAUGCUGCAGCAUUCAACCCAGGGCCAGCCCCAGUAUGUGGUCCCCGAACAGCAAGAGGGCUCCUACUCUGUACUGAACCGAGGCGUGGUCUCUGACUGGGAUGCUCUAGAGGUGCUGUGGCAACACUUGUUCUACUGCAAGCUCCGAGUGCAGCCUGAGGAGAUGGCUGUGCUCGUGGCUGACUCCCCCAUCUCCCCGCGAACCAACCGAGAGAAGGUGGCCGAGAUACUCUUCGAGCGCUUCCGUGUGCCAGCUAUGCAGACAGUUCACCAGGCUCUCCUGACGCUCUACGCUUACGGGCGCACCACGGGCCUUGUGGUGGGAAGCGGCCACGGGACCUCCUAUGUGGCACCCAUCCUCACUGGGGACCUGGCUCCACUUGACACCUACCGGCUGGAUGUGGCUGGUGCUGAUCUCACUAAUUACCUGGCUCAGCUGCUCCUAGCAGGUGGCCACUCACCACCCAAGGCAGAAUUUGUCAGACAGAUUAAAGAGGCCUGCUGUUAUGUGGCUAUGGAUAUGGCAGCUGAGAUGGCCCAAAACCAGUCCCAGGCCCAGGUGGAGUUUGUACUCCCAGAUAAGCAAGUUAUCACACUGGGCUCUGAGCGCUUCUGUUGCCCCGAGGCUCUCUUUCAACCCAAUCUGCUAGGUCUCAACCAGCCAGGCCUCCCACAGCUGGCCCUGCUAAGUAUCAGCCGGCUGGAGGCCAAGCAGCAGGAGCAGCUGCUGGCCAAUGUGGUGCUGGAAGGUGGUAACACCCUGGUGAAUGGUUUCCCUGAGCGCUUGAGACAGGAGCUGGGCCCUGGUGCCACUGUUCUGGGUUCUCCCCACCGCGCAGUUGCUGCCUGGCUUGGGGGUUCCAUCAUGGCAUGCCGGAACUCCUUCCAAAGCCUGUGGCUCAGCCGCAGGGAAUACGAAGAGGAGGGCCCGUGGGCUAUCUACAAGUACCAGCUAUGA